AUGAACAAACGUGUGCCCUGUCUCUUCGACUGCUUGCUGGUGCCAUUCCUGACAUAUUCGCCGAGACUGCAUUGCCAAAAUAUGGAGCGCAAGUACAGCGACGAGCUCCGCAGCCGCGCGGGUCUCGACGAUGAUGAUGCACCAAGGAUUAGAUUUCCAAGAGGGCAGGAAGAAAGGAAGAGUUUGGUGGAAAUCCAUGGCAUCCUACAGAGGACUCGAUCAGAGGUGGAAGCCAAGAAGUCAGAGCUGCGGGAGUUGGUUGGGGACCACUACCGAAGCAUCCUGGAGUCCUCGGACCACAUCCGGGCAAUGUCAGAGUGUGCCUCCAUGGUCGCUCAGAAGGCGGAGAAAGCGGAUGAGCUGAUUGCCACGAUGCGGGAGCUGGCAGCGAGUCCGCCUGUAGAGGAUGGGGAAGGUUCUCCGGUCGCCGAAGAUACAGAAUUUCUCCUUUGCGAAAGACUCGCAGAGCUUCUAGAUUUGCCGGAGAGGGUCCGAGACUUGGUGGCCGACUUCAGCUUCGUCGAGGCUGCACGAGUGGCAUUGGUCGACGCACCAUCUUUGCAGGCAGAGGUGCAGCAGCUGUUGGAUGCCUCGCCCUCCCCAUUGCCUGGUUUCGACGUCCAUGGCCUCAUUGCACAGCAGGCUGCCUUUUACCGCUCCCUGCCGCGACAGGUGGCCUCCGGCUGUGUCGACGCCUUCGACGAAGCAGAGCUGACGCCAAGCGGCUCCGCUGAGGCUUUUGUCGCCCACCUCCUCUUGGAUGAUGCAGCCCAGCACGACGAGCCUCUCGGAGCAGGGGCGCAGGGGUUUCGGUUGAGUUGCCGCUUAGUUUUGGGCUUGUCACAUGCACAAUCUUUCCGGCUGCAAGCGGCAGAGUUAGUACUGCCCUCUAACGAGGCCCAGCUAGCUAGACAAGCUGCUAUGCAAACUUCCGAUGACUUCGUCGAAAAGGCAGCCGUCUUUGCUGCCGGUGCCGUCAUUCAGACGCUGCUGUUUCUAAGAUGCUUGCACCUUGGCAUCGGCCACAGGAGGCUCAUCGUCGCACGCAUUCUGCUCUGGCUGCGCAGCUGGACAGUGAAGUCGAUAGUGGGCCCUGUGUCUGACGUGAAAUGUGCCGAGGAGAGGGUAAUAGCACACAGGCUUCGUGAAGCGCGGUUGAGGAUGGGAAGGAUCUAUUUGCAUACCAUCACCGUCGCUUUGUUUUUCACCCUUGUAUCGAUACAGACUAAUAUUGUGUUGGACAGACCGCGCCGGAUGUCUGCGGUUACGGUCUGGACGGUGAUUGGCUUGACCGGUCUUGUUGCUCUGCCUUGCCUUUUGCCUCGGAUCCUCAAUGCCAGGACCCUAGACGGCUUCCUGGUGGUGCUUCAAGGGUCAAUGACUGUGAUUGCAUCGCCCCUGGGUUCGAGUCUGCACCAGGGAGUGUUCGUAUCUCUUGCGUGCUUGGCCCUGGUUCGAAUACCUGCCGCAUGUUUUUCGACACAUACUGCUCUACCAAUAGCCUGCUGCUUGGCACACUCUGGAAUGAUGAUGCUGCGUGGCAUGAUGGAGGUGAGCUCGGCAGACGACGAUGGCAGGGGCAAAGUCAUGGCUUACGCAGCUAUAUGGGGAGAGCUUUUGAGCUUCAUCACCAUGGUAGGCGCAGCGUUUCUGGUGCAGGUUUCCUUGAAGACGACUGUACGGCGUGGACUGCAGCAUGGCGAUGCAGCGACCGAGCUUUGCGCAGCAACAUCUUUGUUGCGACUCACUUGCGACGCAGUCCUGGGGCUGGAUGAGGACCUGUGCUUGACCGACGACUGCCCAGAGCUUUCGGCCAUUCUCUUACGGGACCAGGCGGGUAUCAAGCUCAAGGGGAGGAAGUUUGUCGAUUUCGCUGCCAGCAAGCAAGAAGCUUUGCGAGCCAUGGAGCUCUUGAAAGCUGAAGAUGCCGGAGUUUCGUCAGUUGCAGGAGUAUCUGCCCGUGCUUUUCAUACUCGGCUGGCUGACAGUUGUUCAAGCAAGUUUCGCGUGGAGGUAUUCCAAGUCAGGUACCAGAAGCAGGAUGGCGAAAUGCGCCAUUUGUUGGGCCUGCGUGACUUCACAGAUCAACAGGCUUUGGCUGGGCGAAAUGCAGCAGACGCGACCGAGGCCGGGCUCGAUUCGUACAAGCUUAUGGACUCCACCCCUGUUAACAGUGCCGCUUGCAGCAUCCCGGCUGCACCGGCAAAUCGAAUCGUUUACCUUCAGUUGGAUAUGGAGCAGGGCAUUGUUGAAGCAACAUCUGUUUUCGCAAGCAUCCUUGCCGGUAUGCGCCUCACCGACGUAUUUCCAGGAUUUGGCAGUGUCCUCAUGCAGAAUGUGUGGGCCGAGUUGGUGCAAUGUGCUCACAUGAAUAGCUUGGAGGCAUUGGCAACAAAAUUACACACCUUCGAGCGACUUCAAGUGAAUUGGGGAGAGUCGCAGACGGAUCAGAUCGAUGGAGUUGUUGAGCCGAUUUCAAGUGAUCGUGGAUAUCGGCUGUUGGUUCGAUGCUCUGGCUCAAGCAUGCGAUGCCCUGGCUCCCCCAAUGUCGGCUGUGCUCCAGACCCCGUGGCAGACCCUGACUCUCAUCCCUUUUCAAGAAAAUCUUCUUACCAGGUCUCCGGGGGCUCUGACAAUGGCAAUCAACUUCUGUCAGUUCUGCCUGGCCGGAUUGGGUAA